AUGAAUUAGACUAAUUCUAAAUUAGAACGCCAAUUGAUAUCUCCUAAACAAUAAGGUCAGCUUCCAAGUCUAUACUAUGAUUAUAGUGCAAGGAAAAAAUAAAAAUUAAAAACUUACUUUCGAUAGGAGAAAUGUAUUUCCAUUAGUCCAAACAAAUAGAUAAUUAAAACAUAAAGGGAUCUCUCGAAGAAAAUAGAAUCUGAAAGGAAUUCUGAAGUUUAUUCAUUUGAAGAUGAAGUUAGCAGAUCUGCUCGCUUUUAAAGAAAAUCAAGACUGCAUUAAAGAAAUAAAAUCUUUAAUCAUCCAAUUAUAAACAACUAGCCUUUGUAAACAGAUACAUAAAAUGAAACUGAAACUCCUUAUUUCAAGGAUAAGGACUCAUCUAUUAGUAAGUCUGACAACGAGAAUGAGGAGAAAAAUGAAAAUAAAAUUGAUUUAAAACUCGAGGGUGAGACUGGCAAAGCUCUUAAGUAGAUAAGUCAUAAAAUAAGUAAACAUUUUUUCAUUAAACUUAGAUCAAGAAUUAAAUAAUUCAUUUUAUCAUUUUAUAAAAAAAUCAGAAAAAAUGAAAGAUUUGAUUCUAAAUUUUUAACAAAAGGAUAAUCUGAGUUUAAUUCAUUAUUAUUGCUUGAAUGAUAGUCUAUUUCCUAAAAGAAUCGAACUGAGUAAGCAAGAUGUAAAAGAAAUUAAUUUAUCAGAUUUGGGGUUGACUCCAAAAUAUAUUCCAUUGAUUCGGAAUUUAUUAAACUCGAAACGAGAUAAAAAUAUUAAAUCAAUUGAUAUCAGUCAAAAUAAAAUUAAUGAAUGGUCAUUAAAGUUAUUAAUUGAUGUUUUCCCUUUAAAAGUCAAAACCAUUAACUUAUCGCUUAAUUAAUUAAACCGUAGAGGUGCAGUGCUACUGUCUGAACAUUUGAAAAGCUUUGAAAAGUAUAAUACAAUUAUUACUCAGUCUGAGGUUCUUGAAUUUAAAAGGAAAUCAAAUAGGGGAUACAGGAACUGCAACUGUAUUAGAGACAUUGAGAUCAAGUUUGAAAAUCAAAAAAUUGAAUUUAUCAGAUAAUGCAAUCUCUGAUGUAAUUUGCAACGAUUUAAAAGAGUUCAUCAUGAAAAACUAAUCCAUUUAAGUGCUGAGUCUGAAUUGGAAUUAAUUGGGCCCCGUUGUUGGAUUAUCAAUAGCCAAAGGCUUAAAUUACAACAAAUCUAUUAGGGUAGUAGACUUAAGCUAUAACAAAAUUGGAUAGGGUGACAAUAACUAUGAAUGUAUUAAGGAAUGGUGUUCAUUGUUGAGCAAUACUUACACAGAAUUGAUUCACCUAGAUCUCUCUUACAAUUAAUUUAAUGAGAAAUAACUCUAAUUAAUCAACUAUUCAAUUCUGAAGAAUUCUCGUUUAUAUGGGUUACACGUUGAAGGAAAUAAAUGUUUGGCUCAUGUAGACCCAUUAGGGUUUAUAUAAUUCCCCUAAUAAAUCAAAGGAAAGUAAAGUAUGCAACCAAAGCAUUAAAAUAUCGAUGGUGUUAACUUCAUCCCAAUGUUAAACGAAAAUGAGAAUGGAUCUGAUUGUUGUUGGAUUUGUUAAGGCUGGAUGGAGUAUCAUUUUAUUUAUGAACCUGAACCUGAAGAAUCUAAAACUGAUUCCAUAUAUUUGCACCUUGAUUUUUUAGAGUAAGAAUAUCGGAAUUUAUUUUAGUUUCAAGCCAAUAUCUAUGACAACAAGUAAAGAGUUAUGGAAAUAGAUAAGUAAUAAGUUCAAUAAUAAUGCUGUUUUGGAAGACAUAACAACAGGAGAAAUAAUUCAUUAAUUAAAGCAUGCAUUUAGUGCUGGUAAGAUAAUUACUAUGACUGCCAUAAAUGAUGCUUACACUGAGGAUAAGAAGAUGAAGGAUGACAUGAAAUCAAUAUUAUCUGAAUUGAAUUCAAAGUUCUUUUUCACUUCUUAUUAGAUGUGUCCUCCAAAUUAAAAAAUACUUUACUUUUUUUCCAAUCCCACUGGAAAAGGAAUAUUUAUAAAUCCCAGAUUUCCAACAAUAUAAUUGUAAACUGCUGAAAAUAUUGAAUUGAUUAUGGACAAAGAGAAAGUAUUUUUUUAUCCUGAUGGGUCUCAGAUCUCAUUAUCUUAAGUGGAUCAAGUGAAUUAUUUUCAAACUAAAUAAAUGCUUGUUAUUGAUUAAAAGAAUUAAUACAAGCCUUUAGUAAAAGUCAUUCCUCGAUGUUUAGAAAAUAAAUAUUUUUUAAAGAGAUUUGCUGUUGAUGCAUCCAAACAAAAAUCUAAUUUGAUUUAUUGGUAAAAGGAGUAAUCAGCCUUUAAAUCCUAUUAAGGAGACACCGAAGAUGUCUUGGAUGAGUGUUUUCAAUUUGAUUGGAAUUGUAUGGGCAUUUAACACUUUUUAAAAUCAGAAUAGGAAAUUGAAAAAGUUCUUUAGAUUAUGAGAUUUCACUAUCCAAAACUAAAGGAUAUUUAUAAGUAUUAUUCAAGUUUUGGAUAUAAUGCUAACAAAUAACACAAUGGCUAUCAGGUUGAAACCUUCUAUAUUCCUAUUGAUUUAAUAUACGAGCUAACUCAAGAAUUACUACCACAGGGCAUAUCUUUUGAGGAUUUGUAAUCUCAAGUGAAGUAAAUCAAGUAUAAUUGUGAUUCGAAGUUCAUAUAUAAUCCAGAGAAAGGAUUUGUUCGAUAUCAAUUUAUAGAAUUCAUUUUUAGAAUAGCUUUGUUGGUGACGAGAUUGAAACAGAAGCCUAAACUGAUUGUAGACGAAGUUUACAGAACAUUUUAAGUUUUAACAGAAAGAUUUGCAGCCUUUGAUAAUUAAUAAAAGUGGAGAGAAGAACGCUUAUGGACAAAGGAGUGUGGCAAUUUAAUUUACAUAAAAUAAGGGUUCAUUUAGAGAUUGCAUGAUUAUGCAGCAUCAAUUAAAAACAAGAAAUGGUCAUUCAAGUUGAAGUGGAUAGCAUUGACGGAAUUUCUAGACUUUUGCAACUAAAUGGGAUUUCAGUAAUUUUUGAGUGAAAAUCAACUAAAAAUCAUCUACAAUUUCUCAAUGCAAACUCACCAAGAUGAAUUGACUUAAGAUAGACAUUUAAGGAUGUCCACCGUAGAAUUUACAGAAGCCUUGGCAAGGAUAGCUGAGUUCAUUAGUCCCAGCGGAAAUGAGAUUGAUAAUGCAGCCAUCAAUAGAUUGAUCCUCCCAUUGCAUAUUAAAUUGGAGAACCUUCUAACUCAUAUCUAUGUUACUUUAAGGAUUCUUAAGUAUUUAUAAUUAUAUAUAAAGAGUGAAUAACUUCGAGAGUUUUAGUAUUUACUUUAGCUAUAAUUCUAAUGAGAUUUUACCUAAACCCACUGAGCUCCAGUUAGAUUAUUAUGAAUGUACAACCCAUGAAUUGAGAAUUUAUAAUGCUCUAUCUUAUUUGAGUAAGGCUUAAAUUAUAAUUAAUUAGAAAUGUUUAAAACCCCUUAUUUGCAUCCAAAUUAUAAAUAAUUUUUGGAAAUACCUUUCCAAAUGGUUUAACUUCUCAAGUCUAAGAGAAGUAUGGUUGAAAGAUAGAUGACUCAAAAAUAGAAGCUCUUAAAGUUGAAGGCUACAUUAUAAUUACUGUGA